AUGAGUGGAGGCGCAGAAGUACUAGUAAGACAAAGCAAACGGAAGAAGCUAUCAGAUGGGUUAGCUGUUACCCAAAAAGUCUUUGUGAGAUCACGUAAUGGUGGUGCUACCAAAAUUGUAAGGGAGCAUUACUUGAGAAAUGAUAUACCAUGUCUCUCAAGGGCAUGCAGUAAAUGCCCAGAGAUAGUGGCACCGGAUGCUCACAAUGAGCUACCUAAAUUUGUGCUUUCUGAGAAACCUGAGAAGGGCAAAUUGGAUGGUAUUGGGGAACACUAUGCAGUACUAGAUACUAACAUAGUAUUGCAAGCUAUUGAUUUACUGGAGAAUCCUGAAUGCUUCUUUGAUGUCAUUAUUCCACAAAUUGUUCUUGAUGAGGUUAGAAAUCAAUCAUACCCUGUUUACACUAGGCUGAGAACAUUAUGUAGAGAUAGCGAUGAUAGAAAGAGGUUUAUUGUUUUCCAUAAUGAAUUCAGCGAGCACACUUUUGUUGAAAGAUUGGAGAAUGAAACCAUCAAUGAUAGGAAUGAUAGAGCCAUAAGAAAAACUUGUGAAUGGUAUGCUGACCAUUUAAAGAGCUCUGGUAUUAGUAUUGUCUUGGUUUCAAACGAUAGAUUAAAUAGAGUGGAGGCAAACAGAUCAAAUGCAAAGGAAAAGAAAUAUCAAACGCUAAACUUGGUUGAGUAUGUUGAGAAACUGCCAAAUGCCAAUGAGAUUAAAGAUUUGAUUCCAAGUUCUAAUUCAUUUGAUGGACAAGAUAAAGAAAGUAUUUCGGAUUUUUCUUAUCCAGAAUAUUAUACCAAUGCCAGAAUUAUGGGUGGGCUAAAGAAUGGUGUUUUGUUUCAAGGUUCUAUCCAAAUUUCUGAAUAUAACUUCUUAGAAGGUACGAUCAGUCUUCCGAGGUUUUCUAAGCCAGUUCUAAUACGUGGUCAAAAGAACUUGAAUAGGGCAUUUAAUGGUGAUCAAGUGAUUGUUGAAUUACUACCACAAUCCGAGUGGAAGGCCCCAUCAACAAUAACCCUAGAUUCUGAACAUUUUGACGUUAACGAUAAUGCAGAUGAUGGUAACGAUGAAGAGUCAGGUGAUGUGAAAGGUGCUAAUUCUGCUGUUAUUAUGUCAGAUAAACAACGAAGAUUACUCGCUAAGGAUGCUAUUGCAGCUCAACAAUCUAAGAAGGUUUCUCCUACUGGUAGAGUUGUUGGUAUUGUACGUAGAUCAUGGAGACAAUAUGUCGGACAGAUAGCUCCAAAUUCUGUUGACUUACAAAACGGUGGUACUCAAUAUGUUUUUGUGAUCUUAAUGGAUAAAUGUCUCCCCAAGAUUCGAAUUAGAACAAGAAGAGCCAAAGAGCUUUUAGAUAAAAGAAUUGUUGUUUCGAUCGAUUCAUGGCCAGAAACACAUAGAUACCCAUUAGGACACUUUGUAAGGGACUUAGGAGGAAUUGAAACUGUUCAAGCUGAAACAGAAGCUCUUUUGCUAGAACACGAUGUGGAGUAUAGACCAUUUUCCAAGAAAGUAUUGGAUUGUUUGCCCAGUGAAGGCCAUGACUGGAAGGCACCAGAAAAAUUAUCAGAUUCAGCAGCUAUUGCUAAAGACCCACUUUUGCCAAAAAGAAGAGAUUUAAGAGAUAAAUUAAUCUGUAGUAUCGAUCCUCCUAACUGUGUUGAUAUUGAUGAUGCUCUACACGCCAAGAUGUUAGAGAACGGGAACUGGGAGGUUGGUGUACAUAUUGCAGAUGUUACACAUUUUGUUAAACCAGGAACAGCAUUGGAUGCAGAAGGUGCUUCUAGAGGUACUUCUGUAUACUUAGUUGACAAACGUAUUGAUAUGUUACCCAUGCUACUUGGUACUGACUUGUGUUCAUUAAAGCCAUAUGUUGACAGGUUUGCUUUCUCUGUUCUUUGGGAGCUUGAUCAAGAUGCCAAUAUUGUCAAUGUUGACUUUACAAAAUCUGUGAUCAGAUCGCGGGAGGCUUUUUCAUAUGAACAGGCUCAAAUAAGGAUUGACGAUCCAAAUCAAACCGAUGAGCUAACACAGGGUAUGAGAGCGUUAUUGCAACUCUCUAAAAAAUUGAAACAAAAGAGAUUGGAUGCUGGUGCAUUGAAUUUGGCCUCACCAGAAGUUAAAGUUCACAUGGAUAGUGAAACUUCGGAUCCGAAUGAGGUGGAAAUCAAGAAAUUACUUGCUACUAACUCUUUGGUUGAAGAAUUUAUGUUAUUGGCUAAUAUUUCUGUUGCUAGAAAGAUUUAUGAUUCUUUUCCUCAAACGGCUAUGCUAAGAAGACAUGCAGCACCACCUUCUACCAAUUUUGAGAUAUUAAAUGAAAUGCUUCAAACCAAGAAGGGAUUGACUAUAUCUUUGGAAUCUUCCAAAGCACUAGCUGAUUCUCUAGAUAGAUGUGUGGACAAAAAUGAUCCAUAUUUUAAUACCCUAGUGCGUAUCAUGUCGACAAGAUGUAUGAUGGCCGCUCAGUACUUCUAUUCAGGAGCUUACUCUUAUUCCGAUUUUAGGCAUUAUGGUUUGGCGGUUGACAUCUACACACAUUUUACAUCACCUAUUAGACGUUAUUGUGAUGUUGUAGCACAUAGACAACUUGCUGCUGCCAUUGGUUAUGAACCUUUGAGUUUGACACAUAGAGAUAAAACGAAGAUGGAUAUGAUAUGUAAGAAUAUCAAUAGAAAGCAUAGGAAUGCUCAGUUUGCGGGAAGAGCCAGUAUUGAAUACUAUGUCGGCCAAGUCAUGAGAAACAAUGAGUCCGUUGAAACGGGUUAUGUUAUCAAAGUAUUUAAUAAUGGUAUCGUUGUCCUAGUGCCCAAAUUUGGUGUCGAAGGUCUGAUUAGACUAGAAAAUCUAACGGAUGAUACUGACUCUGCGGACUAUGAUGAAGUUGAGUUUAAGUUGACUUUUACACAGCAAGGUACAAACGCUAAGAGAGAGAUAAGUGUCUUUGACAAAGUAGAAGUUCAAGUUAAAUCGGUUCUUGAUCCUGUUACAAGUAAGCGUAAGGCAGAAUUAUUACUUAAGUAA